UCUGUUAAUGUUUUCGGAUGUCAUGUAAGAAUCGGACAGCAAUAUACUCACUUCGUGGAGAGAUUACAGAUUAUCUAAAAUGAAAUCUUAAUCGAUACAUGUUCAUCUGUGAUCGACUGUUUUUGUUGGCUCCAUGGUGGAAGAUUGGAACAGUAUGCUAUGCCGAAUAGUUGUAGUUCCGGAUGUGUAAUCAGCUAAAGAGCAGUAAAAGAUAAAAUUACGGCGGUUUUUCUUUGAAGUGGAAAAUUUUUGAGCUGCGGGGAGACGGCAGUUGAUUGGUAACUUAACAAGAUGAUGUGGUAGGCCUGUAAUUUCUAUGACAAAUGAAACGGUGCUGGCCGUUUUCAAGAAAUACUUGGUGAAGUUUGGUUACUUACAACACCCAGCAGCAGUGGACCCAAACUCUUGGAUAUCAUAUCAUAAGAUGAAGGCCAUGCUGAAAGUUGCUUUAGCAGACUUCCAGAAGUUUUAUGGUUUACCACCCACAGGGAAGAUGGAUGAAGCCACAAGCAAAGCUUUGCAACAGCCUCGCUGUGGGGAGAAGGAUAUACUGUCUCAUAAGGAGCUGCAUAGUCGUAGAAAGAGGUACACGCACUGGGGUGAGCCAUGGACAGGACACCACUACCCACAGAACACAGUUCUGUCUCAGGCAGCUGUGGAUGAAGAAACAGCACUAGCAUUUGCUGUGUGGGCAAGUGUUCAGACAAGUUUCAAGGAGGGCAGAUAUCAACAUUUCAUUCUUCAGGGGGCAGCAUGGAGAUGGAAAGCCUUUUGAUGGUAGGGGCAUGAUUCUGGGUCAUGCCAGUAAACCCAUGGAGGGGAUGGUGCACUUUGAUGAUGAUGAACCAUGGUCCAGUAGACGUUUCAGUGGCCAGAACCUGUUUCUGGUGGCAGUACAUGAGUUGGGCCAUGCUCUGGGUUUACACCAUUCUGAUGUGAAGGGCUCCAUCAUGCAGCCAGUGUUGACCAGAGGAUAUGAACCAGGUUUCAUGCUGCAUAACGAUGAUAUUACAGGACUUCAGUUGUUGUAUGGGAAGAGGAAACAUCACCCUCCAGAUCUGUGUUCAGAGUCUUUGUUUGAUGCCAUCUUUGAAAACCCAGAUGGAAUAAUCUAUGUGUUGAAAGGACAAUAUUACUGGAAACUGAGUCAAGAUGGAUUUGUGAACAGCUACCCAUUGCUCGCCAGUCAUCAUUGGCAAGGACUGCCUGGUGACGUAGAUGCAGCAUGUGCUACUUCUUCAGGCAGGACCUACUUCUUCAAAGGAAGCAAAUACUGGGCCUACAGAUAUACACAUCCACUUGCAGGACACCCCAAACUCAUUUCUGAAGGGUGGCCUGGUAUUCCAGAUGAUGUAGAUGCUGCUACGUGGUAUACUGAUUCUGUGUUCCUUUUCUUCAACGGAGACCAGUACUGGGUGUAUGAUUCACAUCAGAAACCAAGUGUCAGCAGAACUUUUCCACAGCCUAUGACAGCGUGGGGCAACAUAGCUGGAGACCUGCAUGAUAUCAUGUAUAUACGUAGCGGCUACAUUUACUUCUUUACCGAGGGCAGCUCUUAUCGCUACAACUGUAAAACAAAGUUGGUUGAUCCAGCAGGGCCUGGUCAACCAAAUUACCCCCGUGCAGUUGGUCCGUGGUGGUUCCAGUGCAAUUCCAAGGAAGUCCAGCCAUGAAUUGUUGUAAUGUUUAGAGAAAUACUGAAACUGAUGGAUGGUCACGAAAUGGGGUCAGAUGUUAGUUUCAUGAAAAUGGAAGUGUGGAGUUCAUUGGUGUUUUGCAGCUAGAAGGGCCUUGCUCGCGGCGCUGAGCCAGGUGGAGUGAUUGUCAAAUUCCUGUUCGACUGGGAGUCCAGAAUUGGUUUCGGCAAGUAGUGGGCUGGUUCGCGGCCGGCGAGAUCGCCCGUGGUCGCCCGUCGUUGGGUUUGUAGUACGGCGGCGACUCGUACCAGUUUAGUUAAACCUGUGUUUAUAAUUUAUAUUGUGUAUUUGGUUUAGACUCAGCCUGUGGCCCGGCUAGAAAGUAGUAGUUAUGUUUUCAUGCAACCAAGGCAAAUCGUUGCGCCAGUAAAUAUGGGCCAUUCUGCCCGAGUUAGAUGCCGCUGUGUGCAAGCAUGUAAAUGUGCAAUUAGUUGAGUUGUUCUGUUUAAUUUCUUGGGCUCGUGCGCUGUAAUGACGAUGAAUUCUUGUCUUUUGUUAUGUGUUAAUUGUGUUUAUUAAAUUCUGUUAUUUGUUAUUAUAUUGAUUGCCAUCAUUUGUAACUAGAUUUACCUCGUUGCUAGCUUGGAUCCCUUACUCUAACUUAGGGAGCGUGCGAGCACAGAAUGAGAACCGUAUGACGGAGCACUGUUUCCCCCUCCGAUUGAGGAAGGGUAGACGGAGCUGAAAGGUGCCAGAGAGUGACGGUGCUGUGGUAGCAGACCAUAAGACGGUACAAGUGGUACAAGUGGUAGCAGAGCGGAGACUGCACACAAUCAAUAUUUUAGAGCAUUAAUAUCAUUUGACAGCGUAAAAGUUAGGGACUGAUAAGGAGAAUCAUAACUGUUGCACUCACGAAUGUCGUCGUCAUGUACAUUGAGCCCCUCCGUUUAGAGCGUUAGUAUCAUUUGACAGCGUACAAGUUAGGGAAUGAUAAGGGGAAUCAUUGUUGCACUCACGAACGUCGUCAUCUUGUACGUUGAGCCCCUCUGUUUAGAGCGUUAGUAUCAUUUGACAGCGUACAAGUUAGGGAAUGAUAAGGGGAAUCAUAACUGUUGCACUCACGAACGUCGUCAUCUUGUAUGUCGAGCCCCUCUGUUUAGAGCGUUAGUAUCAUUUGACAGCGUACAAGUUAUGGAACGAUAAGGGGAAUCAUAACUGUUGCACUCACGAACAUCGUCAUCUUGUACAUCUAGCCCCUCCAUCCAAGGUUUCUGACUGUUUUGAAUGCAGCAUUGACACACCCAGCUAGCAUGCUGGGCUGUCACAAUUUAAUUGCAGACCUGUCAGCCAUCAUUUCAAAGUUCUUGCUGAGUGUUCUUGGUUUCAAUGGCAGUUCUAUAUGUAUAUCACCUCAAGAGGUGGUUCUUUGCUUGGUUUAACCUUCACACAACAUGGACUCUGGAGUUAGGCCUUGAGAAGAUACUGAGAAGGGCUAUAGAAAUUAAACUCGAAAGAACAGAUACAUGGAAUCACCCAGAACAUGGAGGUUAAGUGCAGUAAUAGAAGACAUUGACAAUAAAUUGAAGAGGUAAAGUUGUGGGAAGAAAGAAGAGAUUGGAGAUGCUUUGUCCAGUGACCUGUGUAAAACAUAAUUGUUUCUAGGAGGGGGGUGAAGGAAUUAAGACUUGUAAAGAAACUUUAUCUUCAUCACUACAUUUGCUUCAGAUUGUUUCAUGUUCCUGUUCUUGAUAAUUUUGAAUCUUGUCCCAGAGACCAGCUGUUCUGGCUGAUGUUUUUUUGGUUUCCUUAAGUCCCUCCAAGCAAAUGCUGGGACAUUAUGUUAUUUCACCCAACAACUGCUUCCUGCCACAUCCUCUGAACGUUAUCUUCACUGAUCAUCUUACUUUUCAGUGCUGAGCUGCAAACAGUGUUGUUAUGCAAACCAUAAAUGUUCCAUGAGUCAUUCAGAACACAUGUCACAGAGUUUUGUUCAGUUGAUAUACUGAUUGGUUCAGGUGUAUGAAAUAAAAUCAGUAUAUUUUUAUUAUGCUCAUAUGAACAGCAGAGCAUCAAUUAUGUAGGCAGAUUUAAAAGUUUUAAAAUCUUUUUUUCAAAAGAACUAGUAACACCAUGGUGAAUCUGUGAAUAAAACCAAAAUUAAUAAAAUAUUGUAGGUAUAAUGGAAGCUCCAUCAGUGCGAGUCAGUACCCCCACAAAUGAACAUGGAGAGUAUCUGCCUCCAAAAUGCUGAGUUCUUUCCGAACUACAUGACAUUGUAACCCCAAAGGUCAGACUUCUCGAUGUACUGUCUCAUUCUGCUUUGCUUGUGCGAACGUGAUGUGAUUGAUGCACCCUCACUGGCAUGUUUCCAUGUUUAAUGCUGUACAGACAUAGCAUAGUUGGUUGAGACAGUCUGCCACAAGCUGGAAGGUCGCAGGUUCAAUU